CAAGGCGGUACAGUUACUCACUUGACGUUCCACCGCUCCACUGGAGACUACCACCAGUGCGACACAAUAGUGAAAUUUUCUGGUUUCCAAUCUCGUGGAUUUUCGAGUGAAAUUUUCCCGCAUUUUGUGACACAUUUACCUACGUUUAGUGACGUGAUUUACAUAGAAUACAAAGCCAUGUUGGGGUUAGAGUGAAGGUGUCGAAGAUUUAAUAUUAAAGAGGAUUUUCGAGGCUGCUCUCUGUGCUUCGGAGGAUUGGCUGGACGCAAAAAGUCUUCUAGCAAAACUUUAAUAUUUCAAACCAAGAUGGCUCAGUUUUUCACAACAGUAGAAAUACUUCAACUAGCAUUACUUUGCUCUGUAUUAUAUCAAGUUAAUGGCAAUGAAGUAUCAGUAUCUUCUACGGGUUCAGUUAAUGUCCGCCCAAAUGAAGAGGUUGAUCUUCUCUGUAAAGCAGCUUCCCCAAUCAAAAUUUGUAAUUUUGUCAGUCCCUCUGGAGUAAACUACUUCGUUUCUAAGUCCCUUGGAGUCAAGUACGAAGACCGAAUUAGUUUCUUGGGAGAGGACGAGACCUCCGACUGCGGUAUAAAGAUUGAAAAUGUUCGGGAGUCCGACAACGGAGCUUGGAAGUGUGAGGUGACUGCUGUGACUGAGGAUGGAACAACUAAGCGUGGAGUAGAUACUGUUAAGCUGACCGUACUAAAGGCACCUUCCAGGGUCACCCUAGAGGUCGACGGAAUGGAGGCCGAGGACUCGUUGACUCUGGUCUAUGAGAAGGAAGCACCUAAAAAGAUUCGAUGUGUCGCUGAUGGCGGUCAACCCGUGCCAACCUUUUCCUGGAAGCUGAACGGUUCUCCUGCUCAAGUUUCUGUUCAGGAUACAGCCAUCAGUGAGGACGGUAUGGCGUACGAGGAGGUUCUGUUCACUGGAAAACCCGAGGACAACACCAAGGACCUCGAGUGCCAUGUCAAUAGCGAGGCAUACACCGCAGAUGAGCUUGGAGAAGAACAGAACGUAGCAAAGAUCAUGCUCAAUGUCGAGUUCCCUCCUAAGGCCCUUUUGGAGGUUCACGAUUUCUACGGAAUGGAAGUUGGCUCCUCGUACCCUAUUAGAAUCAGUUUCAGGCUAAACCCACCUCCUAGUGAUGUUCAAUGGGAGAUGCAUGAUGGAACUAUGGUGCCCCAAGGAUCAGAAUCUCAAAAUGGAAAGUAUGAGGCUGAUAUCCCUGCUGAAGGUCCAAUCCAGUCUAAUGAAGAGGAUCCAACCCUGUACACUGCUAUCCUUACCAUCAACCAGGUCGCACCUGAGGACGCCGGAACAUUGAACAAACUUCAUGUAACGAAUGCCCAUGGAGAAUCCGUAAUUAGAUUCAAACUUGGUCUAGGAGAGAAGCCAGCAGUUGACGGUGGUCUAGGGAACCAACCUCAGGAACAAAAUGCUCGAUCGACCGAAGCAGGAUCCGGACCUAUCAUUGCCAUCGUCAUCAUUGUUCUGGUCAUUAUUGUUGUCAUCGCUGUAGCUGUCGUUGCCCGCUCCCAAGGACUUCUCUGCUUCUCCGCCAAGGAGGGUACUCCCGAUCCAGAGAAGGGAAAAUUCGAGCCUUUGGAGAAGGAAGAUGCUUCACCAGAGAAGGAUGAACCUGAGGUUCCCACUAAAAACGAGCCUAUUGUUGAAAAGGAGAAGGGAGGGGAUGGAGACCGAGAAGAAAAGAAAUCGAAUGGAGCCCAUUCUCCAACUAAAUAAGUGAAUUCAGUAUUUCGGGGCCCAUCCUUUCAGUCAAGGGCUCUGUAGGGCCUGGCCCCCAGCUUCCUGUCUCAUGGUGGGCCCCGACAAAUAUGAGAACCCAGUGUAAAUUCUUGAUUUCAUUCCUUCAUUGUUCAACCGAUAGAAGAUAAAGACUUCUACAUGUACUCUACGCUAUAACAGUUUCUGCUUGACGUGAUUAUUUAAUAUUUUGUUUGUCUCAGGAAAAUACGAAUGUGAUUUUAGUCAAAAAAUAUUUCUAAGAACAGAUAUAUCUGUACUUAAAUACAUAAGUAUAGUUUGGGUACUCCAUCUUGAAGGAUCCACUGUGUACACAAGCUUUCUAAACGGAAUCUCGGAAAUUGCGCGCUUUUUCUAAAAAAGUUGCGGGAUUUCAUCACUUUCCGAUUCAAUUCGGAAUAUUUUCCUAUCUUCAGCUGAUUAAGUUGUUGUAAAUCAUUCAUGUAUUUUUCCAAUACAAUUCAACUUGUGGACGUAGGCAUUUACCAUGUUCAAAGAUAUCUGUGUGUACCUUCAAGUGCUUAAAUUUCCUAAGACUUUGGCAUAACAACUUUUCAACAUAAUUUUUUAAACCGUUGCCCAGUGUGUGUUUCUUCGGGUACUCAAUGUUAAUAAAAUAUGUAAAUAACUAAGUGUAACGAGGCCAGUGAAUGGCCGUAAGGGGGAACUCUGUGACCAAAAUCAAAAUUUCGACUUAAAACUUGACAGAAUUUGAAAAUUAUCUGUGUACAAACCAAAGAUGUCGGAAUUUUAAUUUUCGCGCCAUUUGUUGUCGCCCCAGUCAUCCCAGUCACAAAAUGACCUACAUUAUAGAUCUAUGUCAAUAUGUUGUACAUUUUUCCCUCGACUUCAUGGAAACCAUUUUUGUCGUGCCGCGCCACAAACUGUCAACAACAGGGUGUCCCAACUUAAAACCCUCCGUAGUUAUAUAUGUGAACGUUUUUAUUGGGACGCCUUGUUGUAAUUUUUCAAGAUUUUACUGAAAUUUUGUAAUCGGUAUUUCGAAGUUUAAAUAUUUUGUCUUAUAAAACAAUAUCUCAUAUCAAAGAUAAAUUCCGAAAUAAACUAGUGGUAUUUAAAUGUUUAA